GGGAUUACAAAAAUGUAAAUUUUACAAAAAUCCGAGCAAAAUUGGAUUUUUGGUGAGGGUUUGAACAAGUGAAAACAGGGCUUUUUUCGUGUUUUUGGCGCCUUUGAGUGGGUAUGGCGGGGGCAAAUGUGGCCAGGGAGUCAAACCACUUCAGGGUUUUAGUGCACUCAUGGGACACUACCACAUAUCCAAACCACAUCAAGAUCUGAGAGGGGCAGGUGGUGAAGCUCCCCUGCUUAGUCUACUCGUGUAUAUCCUCAUGCAAUACAUGUUAUAUGGAUGGAGGGAUUAUUGAUUUCAUCUCAUAUAAAUUAAAUAUUAUUAACAUUGUCAGUCUAUUUUAAGAAUUAUUUAGUUAUGCCGAUGCCAUUCUCGCUUCUUUUUUGCUUAAGUUUAUUUAAACGACACCUAUGUCAACGUUUUGCAACGUGUUGCCUCUGAUUUCAUUUAAAACAUGACAAGCGAGUCGGCUGUUAUGUCUAAUUUUGGGAUUAGUUUUUAAAAAAUCAAUCCCGAAAUCAAUGGUGGUACUUAACUUGGCGUUUAAUUGCCCCUUAUGGGGGAUAAAUUCGUCAACUGACAAUUUGCGCAUAAUUGAAUAUUUACUGAGAGUUCUGUCAUUGUAAAUAUUUGUACUUAUUAUUCAUAGGCAUGUGGCAUAUUAAAGUAGGAACAUACAUAAGUACGCAUGGGAUUAGUAACUAAGAACUCGAGUAUAGCAACGAGUCGAAUAAUAACAAAAAACUUUGCUUAUAAUGUAUUUCCAUUUGCUUUUAAGGCUUAAAAUACUUAAUACUUCAAAUUCAUAUAUGCAUAAAAGUGGCCGUUUGGGUUAAUUCCGUGUUAAACGCUCGUUAUCAUGAGCAAGAGGCGUACAUAAUAGCUCAAGCAGGUUCAUGCCCACAGAGUUGCAUUAUUAGAUUUAGUGAAUUUAUACGUACAUACAUAUAGGUAUAUAUAUAGCUACUAUCACCUUUAAUAAAUACCGAAAAGCUUGCCGUUCUAGAUACAGAUCCUAGAAAAAGUUUUUCAUUACACGAGUUAUUACUUUUAGUCAGGUUAUUACCUACCAAUGCCAUCGCCAAUGAUACGCCACACGCCAAUGAACAAUAAAUAUAAAUACUGACAUUGAAAUGAGUUCUAGGAAAAUAUUCAAUUAUGCACGAAUUAGUCAUUAAUUUUCAAAACAAAACAAUGAAACCAAAUGUCCUUUGCGUCUUAAAAGCCGACACAAUUUUGGGGCAGAACAUCAUUUUAACAUCAUAUUGAAGACACACCACAUAUCUGUCUCUACUUAUAACGACAAAUCUGAAAUUUUCCUACAAAAAACAUUCGAAUUACUGAAGCUUCACUGAACCUUCAUCAGAAUGACCGUGACCCCACUAAUGUGGCGAGCACUUGACAACUUUGCAAAAUUAUUUAAAUACAUGCCCAAAUUUCCCUUGGAUUGGGACAUUCCCAGCCAAACCUUGGUUUCAUACAAAAACUCGAAAAAUCUAUUCUUCUGGAAGCUAUUAAUGUUCAGCUUAUUUGGUGCAAACUCCUUAUACAUAAUUCUCCUACUCGGUCAAGUAUUUGGCUCAGUACAGCUAACAUUUGUGCAAUUAUUAAUUUCCAUUCUUUUCUUAGGCCUUGGUCUAUUCAUAAAACUGCUGGAAAUUUUGAUGUUUUCUUUUACAGAUAAUGUUUCUCAGUCCAUUAACAGUCUCGUCAUCCUGGAAAAACAAAUACAUUUCAAAAAAUUGUUGACCAACGGACAAAAACUGGACAUUAUCGGGCUCGUUUUGAACGGAAUGAUUGGCUCCUUCGCCUCCUACACCUUUAUCGUCCCCACGUCCAGCGCAUACAUGCAAUUCGAUGCUUACAGCCUUACUCAAAUCCACUUGGUACCUCUUGCCUUCCGAAACGUGUCAAUUUACAUCAUAACUCCGCUAAAAGUUACCUUAUUCAUCAAUUGUUGGAUAAUAAUUCGAACCUUAUCGCUGACCGUGUGCGUGGCCACGUUAUCCGCGUUAAUGAUAACUAGCUGUAUUUCUUCCCUUAAUAACAAAGCGAGAAUAAUUGCAAUUAGCGGGAGGGCUAAGAUUUCUAAAUAUUUCUUGGAGUACGACUCCUGUCAAAUAAUUCUACACAUGGCGGCCGACUUUACGACCCAGGCGGCAGCUCUAUUUCUCUUUUACGCUUUCUUAUUUUGCAUCAUUUAUAAUUUCGUGGCUUUGAAAAUGUACCGAAUAAUACCGAUGCCUUUGUUCUUAUUUUUCCCCGCUGUGGCACUUUUAACGUUACAUUUAGUUAAACUUUUGUUGCCAAUAAUGAUCGGGGUGAGUGAAGAGUCGAACGAAUUAAGGAAUAAGUGGCGGCGUUGCCUUGUCUCUUGUCAUGAUAAGAGGGAUGACAAGCAAAAGAAUUUUCACCAGGGCUUUAUGAAACUUCUAAAGCAGCAAUUUCGGCUUUGAAUUUCUCGAGAUAUUUGAACAAGAACAAAGUGGAUACCACAGCCACAGGACACAUUAGAUUAUUACGUGGGGAAGAUUUGUGAUGC